UUGAAAGAUACAACAGGCGGCAUUAUGCCAAAAAGCUACACUGUAUCACAACUGAAGCCGUGAUUUAACGAUCAUGAAAGGAUAGAAUACGAACACAAUCCCCAUUUAUCAAAGGUGUUACUUUAGUAACGCGCAUCCUUUUUGGCUCCCUUUCAUACAAAUAACCAUAGCGAUAAUCAUGUUGUGUGUACGCGUGAAAGAAACAAAAUAGCAGUUACAAAAGUGCAUAAAGAUAUAUUUUUCUUUUCAUUAUUCUUUAUAAAUGCUGGUCAAAGUCCUCAGCUCUGUCGAUUGGAACCAAGUUUAUCUUGUAUGGAGGAACUACUAUGAACAGAGGGGAUAUGCAAUUGCAUUCCAAACAUUCUUUCAUCCCAACAACUUUUUUGCACCUGAUAGCGACACAUUUGGCAUUCCAUUAAAACUAGGCAAAACAGUAACUGAUGAGUAUAUGGUAGUCAUGUCACUUCAAAUCUAUAAACAACUAGCUCAGCAUUUUACAAGACAAUUCCCAGAUGCGCCUUUACCUCCAUCAGUAGAUGAGUUAACGAUUCAUAAAUGUGAAGUGAUUGAAGCAUUCACAGCGAUAACAGAUACAGUACUCAGUAAACACAAGACAAAGGCAAAGAAACUAAACAAGAAACAUGAACAUAUGCGCAAGGCAAAGGAAGAGGCAGCAUUGGGCAAGCGAUUGGUAGAGGAAGGCAAAUAUGUGUUUAUGGCAAUUGAUUUGGAAGCAUAUGAGCGGGACCACAGCAUCAUCUUGGAAAUCGGUUGGUCCAUCUUUGACUCCCGUACACGACGAUUUAUGGACCAGCAUUAUUUAAUUGAUAGUUAUCAGCAUUUAAUUAAUGAAACCUUUGUGGACGAUCAAAAGCUCAAAUUUGACUAUGGUACCUCUGUCUGGUGUUCCUUGAAGCAGGCCCUUGAGGAACUUAAGAAGGACCUCACUUGGGCCGUGAAACGUGAUGGAGGCUUUGUUCUUGUCGGACAUGGACUGAUAAGUGACUUGAAGUAUCUGAGGCAGCAAAAGUUUAUGUGGCCCACGGUAGAUGGAGGUGAAACAAAAGAUGUGAAUAAUUCAGCAUGUGUGGCCAUUUUGAAUACUGAUACGAUUUAUGGUGCAUCCAUUAAUGACUUACAUAAUCCACCUUCAUUAGGCAAAACACUGGAUAACUUUGGAGUCGAGACAUGGAAUCUUCAUAAUGCUGGCAACGAUGCUCAUUAUACAAUGCUCCUUCUUCUUAUUCUCCUUGGAUACGAAAAUAAAUAAUACGAUUAAAUGAACCAAUGAAUGGAUUGACUAAACUCACUAUUUAAUUAAAAACUUGCACGCGAACUUAUUUUAUAUUUUACCACGUUGUCUGUAUCCAAUCAGUCAGCAUGAUUCAAUAUGAUAAAUACCAAAUAGAUUCAAUUUGGGCACAGACAUUUUGUGUUACACCAAGCAUGUUCCACGGAUACGGCCUGCAUCAUGAUACAAAUGUGUCAAAUACUUUAUAAAAAUAGGUAAAUUCCUUAUUUUAGAAUGAAAAAAGAGCAUUGUUAUUUUACAAAAAGUCUAUAAGAAAAAAAAAAAGUAAAGGGAA